GCUUCACUGUUUGCUCAUUCUUCCCUCAGCACUUUAGCGGUGUGCUGCCACAUGCACAAUUUCUGUUAUGCUAAAUGGUAUUUUCUGUGAUCAAUGUCUACUUGACAUCGAAAUACAUAGUCAAAUGUUGACAAAGGUGCCCUGUGUAUAUGAUAGAAAAUCUCUCACUUGAAUGUGCAUACCAUACCUUGUGCUGAUGCAGAGCUGAGGCUCUGACUUGGAUUUCAGGUGUUUUGGUAAUGUUGAACAGGAACUUUGUCUUUUAUUUCUCAUAAAAAGAAUCUUUGUUAACCUAGAACUCAGGUUCAUGCACAUCAGUACAUGUGCAGAAAGCCCCGUAGAAAACAUCCCAUUAUCCUUGAAAGAACUGUUAGGAAUAAGAAAACCAAACCCAAAACCCAGCAAUGGCAGGGAGAGUUGGAUCCCUUGUGCCCACUGCCAUGUCCCUCCUGAUCCCUGUGUGAGUGUUUGGAGUGGAGGGUGCUGCUGUGGCGCAGUGGCAGAUCUGUAUGCAAAAUGAUGCCAGUCAGGGCCUGCACAGUCUUCAUAUACCGCGCAACAUCUUUAGUCCAGUCCUUUCCACACUUUAAAUUCCCCCAAGGCUGAUGGUCCUAUGCAGAGUGCAAAAAUGCUAAUUAAUAGAAAAUUACAGUUCCAUACGAUUUAACACAAGUCACUGCCAAAGAAAUCUAAGCAAAGGUUUCCACAUGUCACAAGGAGUUAAGAUGCUGUAGAAGAAGCUCGCACCUGCUUCAGGAGGCCUGUUAUUUCAGAAGCUUGAACUCAAACGGGUCCAUCUCAAACUGUAGCCCUUCUAAAUCUGCCUGUUUUGUACCUGGGUACAAGACAUGAGCUAAGGGUGAGGAAGUGGCAAAGGGAAAGCAGCACGGAGUGAUUCACUGAGACCGCUGUGCAGGGGUUCUGACACAUCUUCACUUGCAGGGUAAAUAGGCCCAAGGGACAAAGUGGUCAUCCCAUUUGAAUAUAAUGACCUGACAGUUUUGCCACUCUUAAUUUUCUCUCCUUGGUCAGCUUUAAACUUCCGUCCCCUGGAAGCAUGGAUCUGGGCUGUAGCAUCAGGAAAAGUAGUCCUGGAGGCAGCCAGUCCUACUUGGACUCAUGGUUCUUGGAGGAAGCGAUCUGUGAGGAGGGCAGGAGUCUGGAGUCCAGGAGACACAGGUACAAAGCUCUGCCUCCGCACGUGCACUUGGCAGGUUGCAGGUGCUGUGUGUGCCUCGGUGCUACCGUCAGAGAAGCAUCAAAAUCACAGUAUUACAGACUGCGAAGGUAGUUUGUAGGUGCUGGGGGAUGGUAAACCAAUGCACUUAGUCCUUAAGUAACACUCUGCAUCUGUAGAUUCAAAACCGGUCACACCCUCAGCACGCACUGUGGGGGAAGCAGGUGGCAUUUCAGCAGCCAGCUGAAAUUAUACAGAGACUCCCCUGGCCCGUCAUGCUGCAGAGAAAGUGAAGGCUUCUCUGUCUCUUCUGCUGCUUGCCUCCUUCAGUCCUGCCAUCCAUAAACAACUGGGGGGAGUUUCGGGUGUUACUAAUCUUAAUAAAGAGGUUUUAGGAAUGUUUUGCAUCUCUGGAGCUUUCAUAACAUAUACUAAUAGAGGCUUUUGGCAAGAGCGGUAAAGCAAAUUGCUCCCACCCUCCCUUAGCGUGUGGUAAGCAGUGUCUGUCCCAGAAGCCACGUGACUGAAAGUCUGAAUGCAGCACAGCACCUGGUAAGCUGGGAAUGCCCUUGUGAAACACCCAGGCCUCUGCCCUCCCACACUCACUUUGCCCAUCGUCUCUGCCAACUCGGGCAGUUCUCGCGAGCCACUUAUUUUUGAGCUGUUGGGGAAUGUUCUGUCAUUGGGGUUGCACAUCCUUGCACCAUGGUUGCCUCUAAGCCUUAAUUUCCUUUGCUUUUGAGGGCUUGCAUCAGACUUUCAGGCACUAUUGAACAGAGACAUUUGUGUUUAUCUGCCUACCUGGUAAGGGAAAGGUAAGCAAUUUUUAUGCUUUAAAUGCCUCUCAUAUCUCCCCAAGGGCAUUUAGUUAUCUCAUUCCUUAGCUGUCAAUACACUUGUAGUGGGUGUAAGUUACAGUUUCCUCCUGUUUUAUCUGCAGAGCAAUCUGAAGCCCAGCCGAGUUCAUAGUGCAACACAAAGUGAUAUACCUUAGAACAAGUAGCAUCAGGACUUCACACCACUGCCUUUUCCUCAUGGUUUUAAAUUAAAUUAAAAGUUUGUGAUCAUUUCAUUUAGAGCGAACACCUUUUUCAGAUGCGGCUGUCUGUGUUCAGGCAGUGCUAGUGAAGUGUUGGAGGUGUGAAAGACAGACCCAAUGUUUCCCACUUGUGGUGGCAGCAGGAAUGACAGCAGAGCAGUCCGUGCCCCAACAUGGGUACAGCCAGGGCAGCUCUUGCAGCCAGAGCACUGGCUGCUCUCAGGUGCUCAGAGUAUGUCAGGAGCAAAUUCUCCUGCCCUCCCAACCCUCUCACCCAAGUGACUGGCCUAGGAGGACAGGAGAAGAAAAUGGGGUCCUGCCUAAGAAGGUUUUGGUGACACCAGCCCCACUGAGGUUAUUCUGGGAAUCAGACUGAACUGAGACAUGUUGUAGUUUUUUCUUGCUUGUGACACAUCAUAUGACUCACAUCCUUUUUACCAAAGUCUGGGGAAAGUGUAUGCAGGGAGGAGGAGAUGCAGAAUGGGAAGGUCAUGAAAUGCAGUAAAGCUUAUCUGAGUCUCCCUAGAGUUUCGUGCAGGAUGAACAAGCCUUGCACAUCCAGUGCCUUUUUCUGAUAUACAUUGAGGACUAUUGGGAAGAAAAAUCACUGCAAGACCACCAGGUGCCAGGGUGUAUUUUGUGCCAGGCAAUCUUGGCUUUACGCGCUGCCGUUCUGCCUGGUUGCUGUUCAGAAUUGUGAUCAGACAAAGCAGCAAACAAGGGUGAUGUCUGUAGGUGAUUGGAACUGGGAGAUGGCAGAGGAUGGAAGAGUGCUGGUGACAGAGAUGUGGCUGGGAGAUGAGCUACGCAGCAUCCAAAUGGGAGCAAGGGGAAGAGAAAGGCUGGGUCUUAAAGUGGGCCAAUGAGGGUUGCUGCAUGCCACUAGAGGAAUGGGACCGAUUUGCAAGAGAAGAGCCUGGAAGGCUGGGAAGUACAAUACAGCCACAAUUCAGGGAUUGAGACGCAACUCAGGAUCUGUCAUGGCCCUUCUGAAGAGGCCAGGAUAGUAAGCUGUGCCCUCUUUACCUGCAGAACUAUCUUCAGUGAGGACAGUAACCUGGUCUGGCUCAGACAGACAGCGCUUACUGCAGUGCACCGCUUGCCUGAGUAUCCCUGUGUGGGAGAUAGCAUCUUGGAUGGGAGGCUGUGUAUGUUUUCUGGUCAAGGGUGCACCGGAGUGAAGGAUGUGGGAGCUGGGGGAAACCAGCUUGACACACAGAAGUCCACGGGGACAGUGUUUGGAUCUGUGUAAUGUGCAGACCCCAGGGGUUUGGUACCUCUUAACUUCAGAGGGCACCAGGUAGCGGAGACAAGAUCUCUUUUAGAUGCAACGUAUUUGGAGAGAGCAACAAUACACAUUCCUAUGAAGACUCUCUCAGCUGCCCAGAUAGUAUUUAAGGUUGGGUCAGCUAUUAUUUCUUGAAUGCUUUACUAGCAUCUGACCUUAUGCUAGCACAGCUGUAGCCUGAAGUUACACUUCUUCGAGGUACUUGGUUUGGAGCUUAGGACGUACUGUCAGACUACUUUGCCCCACUGUGCUCCCAGUAGUGGGCUAUUCACAUGCGGAUUAGGAGUGAUACAACUUGGUGCUUCUGCUUCUCCUACACUAAGGGUUCUUACUGUUCCAAGCCAGAGCUUUCCUCUGUACAAAUGCAGCUCCUCCAUUCCCCCAGAGCUAGCUACAUAGUCAGUUAAAUAUGUGCCAACUGGGGUAGAUGUGCGUUGCUUUUAAUACAGUAUUUAGCUUAGAAGGAACUUUCGGCCUUUCUCUAACCCUGCUGAGAGGAUAUGUCCUGAGGUAGACUGUUAAAACAUAAGAGAUUAGUGUUAUGACUUCUUUUUGAAAGGUAUUUUUAGAUUUACUGCAGAAAAUACGCAGGAUUAGGGAUAGGUAUCUAAUUAUUAACCAUGAAAACACCCUAUUUUGCAACCCUGAAAGAAUUCCUAAGAAAAAUCUAGAUUUUUCUGUGUGUACGCGUGUGCAUCAUCAUCUUCAUUCAGCUGGAGUGGAAGUUUAUAUGAAGGAGGAAGAAAACCUACCUCUAGGUAAGAUGUAGCAACAAGAACUCCCAGCAGUGUCAUUCCCUUUCUCUAGCUGAAUGAGCACUACACAGCAUAGGCCUAUGGAAAUGAUGACAACAAUAAUGUAUUAUUCCUUUGAUUUAUAGUUCCCCAGCAAAUGCUCUGAAGAUGUACCAACUCCACCAACAAUUUGUAGAAGCCAUGAAGUAGAAGCAUUGUGGUUAACUCUCAUCUCCGUGGGGAAUGAAAAGUGCUGUUGAAGAGAUGACUUUAUGGACUCGAAAGAGGUGCCGAUGGACAGACCAGCACGCAGGACUGAUGGCAUCUGCACGCUUCUGUAGAUCUAAGAAAAUGCUCCUGACAUGAGAAGGAGUAUGAUUUGUUACCUCUGGCAGGCAGUCCUGGGCACAACAGUGAUCCCAUUAUGUGGGCCUGGUGAAAUGGAGAACUGCACAACAGCACUCAUCCAGACGGAGAACAGUCCACGUGUGGCUCAAGUUGGGAUUACUAGGUGCGAGCCUGAAAUGAAGGACUACUGCUUCCACGGGCAGUGCGUGUACAUAGUGGACUUGGAUGAGCACUACUGCAGGUGUGACGUCGGCUUCUCCGGUGUCCGAUGUGUGCAUUCAGAACUCGUCAGACAACCCCUCAGUAAGGAGUAUGUGGCACUGACCGUUAUCGUCGUUCUGCUUUUCCUCACCGCCAUCUCUAUUGCAAGCUACUACAUCUGCAGAAGGUACCGAAACAGGAAGAGACAAGCCAAUGCCAGUGAAUACAAGGAAGUUGGUGCCCUGUAGAAGAAACGGUGGCUUCCUACUGUGAUUCCAUUCAUCUGGAUGGACUUGGUGGCUUCCCAUCUAUUUAAAUGUUAUUUUAUUAACAAUAUAUACAAUAUUUAUAUCCUUUAAAAAAUUUCAAUUGUUUGGUGAUUCAAUCAGUGUAGGUCAAGCAUUUUAUUUUCAGUGUUUUAUUUUUUUAUUAAAUAAUAUUUCCUAAUGAGAACCCCUCCUAAGUGGUUCUGUGGGAUAGAGAUAUAUUUUUAUAAAAGCUCAUUUUCUUACUCUGAAGAGUAAUUUUAUAUUUAUUCUUGUGAAUAUGCUCAAAACAGUUCUACUGCUUGAAAUAAAAG